UAUUAAUUUUACGCCAAAAUGUGACAAACACUUUUUUUUGAAUUUGGCUGUAUUUAAGGUUUUGAAGGUUGGCUACACCACAAGUUGACACUUGCCAUAUGUCAAAUUAACCUAAAAAAAAGCAACAAACUCAAAUCUUUAAAAACAGCGUUAAAAAUGCCCGAACACGAAAAUUUAACCGACGUUAUUAAACUUAUAAGUGAUAUUCGUCACGGGAAAGUGUUCAAUUCUUACGAAAUCGCCAUCAGAACCGAGCAACUUUUAGAAAAACUCAUCUCGGAGGGGCACUGGAACAAUGCACAAGAGUUGAUGCAACAAAUCAAAGACAAAAUCAGACAAGUCUCCCAGUCUCUUCCUCUAGAAGCGACCGCUACUAACAUAAUGCGCCACAUUUUGAAAGUAAUCCGAGAGGAAUUUGAUUUGGGUUCAGAGAAAAAAGUAGAAGGCCAAUCAUUACAUCAGAUUGUAACAGGAGACCAAAGUGAUGAACUUGACUAUUCAGAAUCUCACGGCAACUUGCGAAAUCGGCUUUUAGACCAUUUGACUGAAUAUAAAGUCGAGUUGGAGACAAGUACGGAAAAUAUCGCAGCUCAAGCUUUGGAACACAUCCACACGAAUGAAAUUAUUCUUACGGUUGGAAUUUCAAAUACUGUGGAGAAAUUCCUCAAACAUGCGGCCAAACAGCGGAAAUUUCAAGUUAUCGUCGUUGAGGCUGCACCCUUAUACAGGGGCCAUAAAAUGGCAGCAAGUCUUGCCAACAGCAACAUCCAAACGACAGUUAUUCCCGAUUCUGGUGUUUUCGCAAUGAUGUCUCGUGUGAACAAAGUGAUAAUUGGCACUCAUAGUGUCAUGGCCGAUGGGGGGCUCCGGGCGGCGAGUGGGGUUCAUGCCAUUGCUUUGGCUGCUAAACACUACUCAGUCCCCGUUAUGGUCCUCUCCCAUAUGUAUAAAUUGACUCCGACUUACGUCUGCUCGCACGAGAAAGACACCUUUAAUAUCUGUGCAUCACCUGCUAAUGUUAUUCCUUAUUCAACAGGACCGCUUUUGAAUAAAAUAAAUGUUUAUAAUCCGAUUUUUGACUACGUCCCGCCAGAACUGGUCACGCUUUUUAUAUCACAUCAGGGUGGCAACGCACCGUCUUACGUCUACCGCCUCCUCUCCGAACUGUACCACCCCGACGACUACGAACUUUAAAACCAAUCAAAUAAAACCAUUAAUUUUAUCAAAA